UAAAAAAAAAAAAGGUGGUGUGAGAGUCGACUUGCUUUGGCCGCAAAAGGUAUUUUGAGCUUCGCACGUAGCACUGGCAGACGCCACCGGAAAAUUCUUUUACCGGCGAAAAUUUCAGAUUCUGGCAAAAAAAAAUGCCGGUAAGCAUGAAUUCCAUGAGGAAAAGAUCAAAUUUUUGGGUUCUUGGCAGCUUUAAUUUCAUAGAUCAAAGUGGUUGAGGCUGAUCAUGUUGGCUCUCUUUGUAACGUAAAGCAUGCCCUAAACAAGUGAAAGAACGAGUCUUGUAAGCAAAGAUUUCUAUUAAGUAUUUAGAACUGGCUCAAAUGUGUAGCACACUUCGACUUUUAGGUCUGAAUAAGGAUAAUACAACAAGAUGUUGGAUGCUUUUAAACUCAAAAACCUAAACCAGCAAGGUGGCAGAAUGCAUUAGUGCUGAAUUAUCCAUGGAUAUGCCUGAUAACUACUCUAAAUCUUUGCUCGAGGCAACCCACAACGACCAGAGGUUCUUGCUAAACUUCAUAAUUGGAACUUACUUAGGCCCUGAUGUUAAGUCUGAUAGUCCUAGGCGAUCAGCCUCUCAACGAAUAGCUGAGGGUCGCCCCCCAUACUAUUUCACUGAUCUUGGAAACUCUUUCCUUAAACUCUCAGAUGUCGAGAGCCUCUAUUACUAUAUUCUAAGGAAUACCCACCCAAGUGCUGUAUUAAAGCUUAACUCUCUAUACAAAUAUUUCAAAGGUCAGUUGGCACCACCUGCCUCAGAUGCCCCAGAUGAUGAGCGCCAGUUCACAAGCUUCUUUCCUUCAACUCUCCAUGGGCAAGGGAGAUACAAAGGGAGCUUCAAAAUCUUCAAGGGCAUAGUGAUCAUCGAUGAUCCUGAUACUUCUUAUAUCAGGCCAGCUGAUCUGGAUAGAUUCAAGAUCCUCAGUGGGUUGGAUGAUUUGAAAAUCGAUCGAAAUGAAGCUCAACUAUAUCGGCAUGGUUAUAGGACUGAUAAAGAUGAUCCCAUGGAUGAUUUCCAUUUGGAAAUGGACUCAAUGGGAGAUGUUCCUAAUGGUAAUGCAGCCGAAGCAGCCAAGCGUCGAAAUUCUCGUAAGAGGAGGCGUAUAAGAGAAAUACAUCAGGACUCCGGUGAAUAUUUCGGUGAGGGAAAAAAUAUUAUAACUCCGCUGGCUCAUGUUCCUCCUCAAGAAACAGUUAAAGCUCCUGAUUACAAUGCACCAGCUAUGGUGGUUCUUGCUUCAGCUAAUAGGGUGGAGCAAUGGAACCCGAAACCUUCAAUCCAUUUCACGGGGACUGCAAGAGAUGCACGUUUGGGGCCCCUAGUUGGACUGGUUGACAUUGGGUCUUGCAAGGAUGCUUACCUUUUCCGGGUUGCCCUUCCAGGAGUCAAGAAGGAUCAUCGGCAGUUCAGCUGUGAAGUGGAAUGUGAUGGAAAGGUUUUGAUCAAAGGAGUGACAGUUACAGGAGAGAAAAAUAUGCUCAGGCACUCGCGCUGGUUUCAUAUGAGAACAGAGAAUCUCUGCCCUCCAGGCCCUUUCACCUUGUCGUUUCGUCUUCCGGGGCCUGUGGAUCCGCGCCUUUUUUAUGGCACCUUUGGCCCUGAUGGAAUUCUUGAAGCAAUAGUGAGGAAGUAUGAGCCACCCAAGAGCUCAUUUCCUCAGGUAGCUUCUUGAAUUUGGUUAUUUUGGGCCUCUCUCGCUCUAGGGGUUUUAGAGGGUAGCAUCUUGACUUUGGUUAUAGUGGGGCUUCUUGCUCUCUCUUGGGGUUUAAGGGGUUAGUUUGUAUUGAAAUACUUGUGUGGAAGAUGGGGAAGGUAGAGGAAGAAUUGUAUCAUUGGAGAUAUGGUGGUUAGAACUGAUCUCUAACUUCGAAGAGAGGUGAGCUAUUUCUACA